UUGUUGACAAGCAGUGCGUCGGUCUCCCUCAAACAUGGCCACCAUGAUGGAGCGAAGGCGACAACUUUAAAAUUUACCUUUUCAAAAAGAAAAAAAGCGUCGCGUCUGCGACAAGGAAAGACGCUCGCAGCCGACACGACGCCGGCGCGUGUUUGUUUGCUUGUUUUCCUCGCCGUGUGAAGUUUCACUUGGGCCGAGAGCUUCGCUUUAAGUUGACGGAGCGCCGAAGAGCGAACGGCGGCGGCCAGAGGAUUGCAUCCAUGUCGUCAGCGCUCCUCGUUUUGUUUGUGCUUUAAGCGUCUUCGUCGUGGAAGUUAACAAACUAUCCGGGGAAAUGGAUCUGUUUAACGAAGUGUUCAUCGAAGACUAAUCCGUACUCUUGGAAUAUCUUGUGCUUUUUUUUUCUUUUUCUUCCUUACUUGCUGCCAUUUACUCCGAGAGGAAGAAAGAAACGCGAUCGGAUCCGAUUAAAGGGAAGCGGCAGAGUGGCCUCGCGGUUUGGAGCCCGGCUUCGCACUUGGAUUGCGGGAAUUCCGCCUAAAACGGUGCCUUUGGGAAUACAGUUUGCUGUGUUUGCGACGCUUUUCAGAAUUCAUUUUUGUGGCAGCGAUUGGGGAGUCAACACCCAAACCCCCCCUUCCCACCUCGGCUGCCCAGCACUCCUCCAUCCCAAAUUGCAGAUCAAAUCGGGUUGUGUUCCGCGGACGACAGUAAAGGUCAUGAAGGAAACAAUUCCAGGCUUUUAGGGCUGAAAAGAAUGUCAUCAGAGGACAAGACUCUGGAGCCCUCUGACCACGGACCCUCACCAGCUCCAGGCAGCACAGCGGCCACCCCUGUGGGCAGCCCAGCCAACACAGACAAGCGGCCGAGAGGAAGGCCUCGCAAAGAUGGCAUCGCUGUACCACAGAAGACCCGAAAGAAGUGUCGCAGUCGAGGCAAGGCGGCUCUGGACGAUGAAGACAGCAUGGACAGCGUGGGACCAGCAGAAGCGGACCCCGUGCUGGAGCCGGCAGGCAAGUCAGACACACAAGCGCAGCCUGUGGACAGAAUGCCCAUCCCAUGUGCCGAGAGGACCGAGGAGGAGCCUGUGCCGCCUCUGCCACUUGAGCCUGCCGGCGGAGAAAUGGGAAGCAGCGAGCCGCUGUGUGCCUUCUGCUACUGUGGUGAGCGGAGUCUUCUGGGUCAGGGGGAACUGAAACGCUUCGGCCCCACUCCUGGUUACGCAGAGGGCACCCGGCCCAGGAGGGGGACAGCGCCGCAGAAGGAGGAAGAUGGCGGCGGCAGCCUCGGGUGCAGAGCGAAGGAGCAGAGCAACACUGUGCCGAGCACCGAGACACCUUUUGACGAGCAGACGGGCCUUUUUUUAGAAGAGUUCGGCCAGGUCGGCCUCCCAGAUGACAUUGACCUCUCGCACUUGUUCGAGCCCUCGGGACACUGCUGGGCCCACCAGUCUUGUGCCGUCUGGUCACAUGGAGUCUGCCAGCAGCAGGACCUUUUGCGUAAUGUGGACAGAGCAGUCGACUCAGGGAGCACAAAGCACUGUACAUACUGCAAGCGCCUUGGAGCCACCAUCAGAUGCUGUGAAGAGCUCUGCCAUCGCUGGUACCACUACCCGUGUGCGGCCGCGGCAGGAACCUUUCAGGACAUUCAGAGCCACUGUCUUCUCUGCCCGGAGCACAUCGAGCAGGCUGUCGAAAAAGCACACGAGGGAGCCAACUGUGCUGUCUGUGACAGUGCAGGUGACCUACUGGACCAGCUCUUCUGCACCAGCUGUGGGCAGCAUUACCAUGGGUUAUGUUUGGACAUUGCAGUGACCCCUUUGAAGCGGGCAGGAUGGCAGUGCCCCGACUGUAAGAUCUGCCAGACGUGCAGAAACCCAGGAGAAGACAGCAAGAUGCUAGUGUGUGACACGUGUGACAAGGGCUAUCACACCUUCUGCUUGCAGCCUGUGAUGGAGUCCAUACCCACCAAUGGUUGGAGAUGUAAAAAGUGCAGAGUGUGCGAGCAAUGUGGCACGCGGAGCAGCCCCCAGUGGCACCACAACUCCUUACUGUGUGACAACUGCUACCAGCAGACCGAUGACAGCCUGGCCUGCCUUCUGUGUCGGAGGCCCGUCCACGUCGCCCUGCAGAAGGACAUGAUGUGCUGUCAGAUGUGUAAAAGGUGGAUCCAUCUGGAAUGUGAGAAGCCUGCCGAGGACGAGACGUUGGAGAGGGCGAGAGAGCAUUACGUGUGUCCCCACUGUAAGGUGGCACCGCUGGAAGGCAGUAGUGAGCUGCAGGUGGCUGCACGAGUGGACCAGAAAGAAAGUGAAAGUGCAAGUGAAGCCAUUAAAGAGACGACAAGAGAAGCCACGAGCAGCGAGGAGGUGAAGGCCCAGUCGCCAGGAGGGUUGGCAGCGUCCCCCACUGAUGUUGCACAAGACGAGGCGGCCAUCCCUGAACGGACCUCACAUGCCGCACUUCUGUCUGCAGAGCUUUGUGAUCCCAAGGGGCAGGGGCAGGAAAGCGACAAUCUGGCUGAGGCCCCCAGCCGCCAGUCACUGCAGCAGCAGGAGGAGGACGAGGAGGAGGAAGCGAGCGGUUUGCCUGAGGAAGGCCUGGCUGAAGGUAGCGGCGCUGCAGAUGCAGCUGGUCCACUGCCCAUGGAUUUGUGUCCCCCCACGGAAUUGAAGCCUCCCGACGCGGCUGUUGUGGAGGGGGGAGCUGAAGAAGAAGAAGAAGACGAGGAGGAGGAGGAGGAGGAUGAGGAGGACGAGGAAGAUGAGGAUGAUGAAGAGGUCUCUGAAAUGGACAGUACCCCAGCGAGUGAGAGAAGCUUUUCAGAACUGAGCUCUCCAGCAGAGAAACCUUCUCCCAACAGCAAGUUGGUGGCACCUCCGGCAACACUUGGGCCCAUUGUCCCACCUCCCUUCAUCCCAGUCCCUCCUAAGAUUGGUAUGGGGAAACCAGCCAUCACCAAGAGGAAGUUCUCUCCUGGCAGGCCAAGGAUCAGACAGGGAGCUUGGAAUACCCAUAACCUUGUGAGUUCGCCUUUGUGGGCACCGGAGCGAUGCGAGGGGUGGGACACCCCCAGGUCACGGCAGCCUUCGGCCAGCAACAUGUGGAGCAUCAAAGUGGGACGAGGCUCGGGGUUUCCUGGAAAGCGCAGGCCCAGGGGGGCUAACCUGUCUGGAAGAGGGGGACGAGGCCGGGCAAAGUUAAAGAACGGAAUCGGCGCCAUCCUGGCACCAGGGGUGGGCCUGCUGGACUUGUCGUCGGUCAAGGACGAAGAAGAAAACUCGAUGCACAACACAGUGGUGCUUUUCUCGAACAGCGACCGAUUCACUCUGAAACAGGACAUGUGCGUGGUUUGUGGAAGUUUUGGCCGAGGUGUAGAGGGCCGCUUGCUGGCGUGUUCACAGUGUGGCCAGUGUUACCACCCGUACUGCGUCAGUAUUAAGAUCACCAAGGUAGUGCUGAGUAAAGGUUGGCGCUGCCUAGAAUGCACGGUGUGCGAGGCUUGUGGCAAAGCCACAGACCCGGGGCGACUCCUGCUCUGCGAUGACUGCGACAUCAGCUACCACACUUACUGCCUGGAGCCUCCCCUGCAGACGGUGCCCAAGGGCGGCUGGAAGUGCAAAUGGUGCGUCUGCUGCACACACUGUGGUGCCACAACUCCGGGGCCAAGGUGCGAGUGGCAGAACAACUACACGCAAUGUGCACCCUGUGCCAGCUUGGCCACCUGCCCCGUCUGUUGCCGCAAUUAUCGGGAGGAUGAACUGAUUGUGCAGUGCCAGCAGUGUAACAGAUGGAUUCAUGCCUGCUGCGAGAACCUCAACAGUGAAGAAGAGCUGGAGGCUGUUGCUGACGUCAGCUUUGACUGCACUAUGUGCCGAAAUUUCAGUGUCCAGGCUCACGGGCCCAUCCAAGAGAUGAUGGAGUCCUCGCUGACUGCCCAGAUGGUUGCCAAACUGAAAGAACAGCAAGAGCUGUCUCGGACCUACACUCAGGAUGGCGUGUGUUUGACCGAGUCGGGACUGACGCAGCUCCAGAGUCUGACGGCGGCGAUGCCACGACGGAAACGGCCAAAGCCCAAGCUCAAGCUGAAGAUCAUAAACCAGAACAGCGUGGCGGUGUUGCAGACUCCUCCAGAGCUUCAGUCUGAGCACUCGAGAGAUGGAGACGUGGACGAUACCCGAGAAGGAGAGCUCGUGGACUGUGACGGAAAAUCCGAGUCGAGCCCCGACAGAGAGCCUGCUGAUGAUGACGCUAAGGGCACAGAGGAUGUUGAUGGGGUCAAGAAGAGAAAGAGGAAGCCAUACCGACCCGGCAUUGGGGGGUUUAUGGUUCGCCAGAGGAGUCGCACUGGCCAGGGGAAGGCAAAGCGGCCGCUCUUCAGGAAGGACUCGUCUGGCUCGGUGUCUGAACAGCUAGUGGGGAAAGAAGAAGCCUGGACCGAGACGCUGCCCAAUAUGCCUGGUGAUGAACUGCUGCCCGGCUCAGAAUGCCUAGAGAAGACAAAAAAGCGGUACCGUAAAAAGAAGAACAAACUGGAGGAGACAUUCCCGGCCUAUCUGCAGGAAGCUUUCUUUGGUAAAGACUUGUUGGACACAAGUCGUCAAAUCCGGUUGAGUCUGGAUGCCUUGUCAGAUGAGGAUCCAACUCACAUGGACAAGAAGAUGGCAGGGGUCAAUCCCAACUUCCUUGACCCCUCUUCAGACCCUCUACUGAGUUCUGCCACUACAUCCGUUUCGGCAAGGCCGGUGUCCCAAGUGAAUUCUGAGGAGCCCCUCGUUGACCUGUCCGAAGUGCUCACGACAGACGACGACCUCCUGGGAAUCCUAUCUGACGAGCUGUGCAAGCCCUCUGCGGAUUCAGGUCUUGAUUUAUGCCCUUUCCAGGUUGGCAACUCGCCCUCCCCAUUUGCUGCUUUGGAUAUGGGCAGCGUCCCAGAAGAGCCCCAGCCUACAGCACAGCAGAGUGCCCAACGUGCCGUGCGGCCCCUGACUGACGAGCCUCUGGACGGUAUUCUCAGCCCGGAGCUGGACAAGAUGGUGACCGAUGGUGCAAUUUUGAGCAAGCUCUACAAAAUCCCAGAGCUUGAAGGCAAGGAUGUUGAGGAGCUGUUCACUGCGGUGCUGAGCCCGACUGCCAGUCUGCACGCCCAGCCACCUCCUUCCACCCCACUGGCUCCUCCGCUGCCAUUGCAUGGCCAAGGAGAUGCUUUGUUCCCCAGAGCGCCUGACAUGAACGGUCUGAUUCCUCAUUUCCCGGUGGCACCCAUCAACCCGCCAGGGGCCUGCAUUCCCAAUAACUUUGCUCACAUGCAUCGGCUUCCUUACCCCGAUUCUGGCAGGGACAAAAAGCCUCCAUUUAAUCAGCUGGUCAGCGAGCCCAUGAGCACUUGGACAACCCCUGCUGUGGCCGACGGAGAGACGGACAACAUGUCCAAUGCCCAGAGGAGCACGCUGAAAUGGGAGAAGGAAGAGACGCUGGGCGACAUGGCCACUGUGGCGCCAGUUCUGUACACCAACAUCAACUACCCAAACCUUAAAGAGGAAUUCCCAGAGUGGUCCACUCGAGUCAAGCAGAUCGCCAAGCUCUGGAGAAAAGCCAGCUCCCAAGAUAGAGCCCCUUACGUGCAAAAGGCCAGAGACAACCGGGCAGCACUGCGCAUCAACAAGGUCCAGCUGUCCAAUGACUCCCUGAAGAGGCAGCACCAGCACCAGGAGCUCAUCGAUCCUGGCAUGCACCUGGACUCGGAACUGCUCAUUAAAGACCCCCAGAAGCACAAAGAAUCGGAGCACGAGCAGGAGUGGAAGUUCAGACAGCAAAUGAGGCAGAAGAGCAAACAGCAGGCGAAGAUCGAAGCCACCCAGAAGCUGGAGCAGGUGAAGAGCGAGCAGCAGCAGCAACUUCAGCAGCAGCAGCAACAGCAGCAGCUGCCCACGGUGGGCAGCGAGACCCCCAGCGGUGGCCACCAGAGCCCUCUCACUCCGCAGCCAAACAACGGGAGCCUGUCGCCAGCCAAAGAUGGCUUUGCCCACCCUCAGCUCUGCACCCCCCCCACGCCUGCCCCGCCCCCCGACGAUGUUUUCCUGCGGCCCCAGGCUCCUCCCACGCCCACCCGGGUGCCAGCCCAGGACUCCUUUUCUCGGCCCCCGUCGCCCCACAUGUUUUCACCCGGCAACUCCUCCAGUUCGAGGCCCGCAUCACCUUGGGAUCCCUACGCCAAGAUGGUGGGAACCCCGAGACCACCUGCUGCUGGGCCCGCCCCCCCAAGGCGGAGCUCUGUGGACUGCUGCACACCUCCGUCGGCUGCCGAAAGAGGCCGACCGUCCCCGGCCCACGACUCCUUUGGGUCGCCGACACCUUUAGGUGGCGACAUGUACGCCAAGCCCCCCGACACCCCCAGACCAGCCGGGGCACCGAUGAGGGGAGGUAUUGGCGUCGAGAUUGCCGGCGAUGCGUCGAGCAGGAAAUCGAUGUACAACCGCAUGCCUCAGCCCAGGAUGAUCCUGUCGGACCCCUACAGCCGCCCGCUGCUGGCCUCAAUGCCGGGAAGCAACGAGUCUGGAAGCGACGCUCUGUUUAAAGCUCCUCGGCCCCCACUGGUGUCCCAGGACCCUUUGGGCCCCAGAAGUGACCUGUGUGGACCUCGGCCCUCGGUGGGGGAACAGUUUCCUCAGGCCCCCCGAGUCCUACGCCAGCCCCCGGGAGAGCCCUUUUCUCAGCCUCGAGCAGCACAUGAUCCUUAUGCCCGCCCCCCUGGCACUCCGCGCCCCAUUUCUGAUUUGUAUUCCCAGUCUCCGUCUGCUUCUAGGCCAUCUUCCUUUGACCCAUAUGCUCAGAUGCCACCCACAUCCAGAGCACCCAGCAUGCUUGCUGCUGACCCUUACUCGCAGCCACCCGGGACCCCCCGGCCAGUACAAAAUGACCCUUACUCGCAGCCACCCGGGACCCCCCGACCAGUGCACAGUGACCCUUACUCGCAGCCACCCGGGACCCCCCGGCCAGUACAAAAUGACCCUUACUCGCACCCACCCAGGACCCCCCGACCAGUGCACAGUGACCCUUACUCGCAGCUGCCUGGCACACCUCAGCCUCACCCGCCUCAAAGACCAGUGUUAGGGGACAGAUUUAGCGAGUCUUCGGCCGGAGCCAGGAGCUUGGACCCUUACUCGCAGCCCCCUGGAACGCCCAGACCGGUGGCAGGCGAGCCCUACUCUCAACCUCCCCGAGCACCCCGUUCCUUGCCAAGUGACCCUUAUGCCCAGCCCCCUGGGACCCCACGACCUGGUGCAUGUGAGGCCUUCGCCAGGCCAGCAGCCACACGACCUGGGCUGGUACCAAAUCAUGAUUCCUUCUUGGCAGCGGCCCAAAGCAGAGGGGUGGGCUCUCAAGACGGGUUCCCGCUGGCUCCAGACGCCUGUCCGCCAGCACUCAAAGUGCCCGGCAAGUGUGACGAGCCAUUCUCAAACCACGACCCCUAUGAGCAGCAGCCGAUGACCCCUCGACCCCCUCCUCCUGGGCGCUUGCCCACAGACGCUGAACUGCCAGCUGCCAGCCAGGAGGGAAGUUUUGUUGCACCCUCCGCACAGAAGAUGCCCCAGACGUCGAGUGAGACCCCGCCAGCCGAAAACGAAGAGAGGCUACGCCAGCGACUCCGGGAGCUCAUCCUCCGGCAGCAGCAGCACAAGAUCGCCGUCCGCCAAGAGAAAGGACUUCCAGAUGCAGCGAUGCCCCUGGCACCCGGGACCCCUCACCACUGGCCACAAGACGACUCCAGUUGUCAGGAGGACCUCUUCAGCCGCCCUCCGCCCCCGUACCCUGGGACGAUGAGAGGCCCCCCCCGGUUUCCGGGGUCAUUCGCCGGCGAUCAGAACGGCUCGUUUCCCGCAGAGGGUCACUUUGGUAGGCCCCCAUAUCCGGGAGACGUGAGGCCCCAUGGAGCGAGGUUUGGGUACCCACCCGGACCGAUGGCUGGACAGGAGCGAUUCCUCGGCCCCCCUCUCCCCGUUCCCGGCCAGAUGCUUGGCCUUCCGCAGCAGCUCAGGAGGUCCGUCUCCAUGGAUGCUUCUAGGCACACACUCCCGAAGCACUUCCCUCCUCAGGCCAUUCAGAUGGCACAGCACAACAUCAUGGGGCAGCCCUUCAUAGAGCUGCGCCACCGGCCACCGGAGAGCAGGUUCCGCCUUCCCUUCGGGCCUCCCGUCAUGGAACCUCCUCCGCGAGGCGGCUGUGCGCCGGAACAGCAGGUGGGCUUCCCGGGAAAUGCGGCGAUCGCUGGCCAGAUGCCCCCAGCAGCCUCCCAGGUCCCGCCGGUGCGCUCUGCAAGUAAUCCCGCUGGCGGCGAGCGACUCCGAGUGCCCAUCCACCCUGGAGAGGACCUUCCCGUGGCCGCCCGCCAUGUCGUCCCCGAAGAGAAACUGGAGGCAGACGAUUCGGCCGUUAAAGACCUGGAAGAUGUGGAAGUGAAAGACCUGGACGACGCCGACCUCGAAACUCUCAACCUGGAGGACGGCAAGGGGGACGAUUUGGACCUGGAAGCCAAUGAUCUGCACCUGGACGAUUUGCUGCAGUCCGGCAAGUUCGACAUCAUCGCUUACACGGACCCGGAGCUCAACUCGGAGGACAAGAAGGACAUGUUUAACGAGGAGCUGGAGCUCAGCGACCACACGGAGGAGCGCACCGAGUCUGCGGGCGAGGGGCCCGGCGGGCCGUCCGACGUGAAGUCGGAAUGCGUCGAGGAGCUCUGCUCUGAAGUGGCGCCCACCGAUGACGGUGCGGGUUUGGUGGCCGCCGACUGCCGGGAUGGCUCUGCAGAGCCCUCCGAAGACCUCCCCGAUCUGCUGACGAAAGAGCCGGAGGACGGCACGGCCGGCGACGCCGCCUUGGGGCCAUUGACGUCCCCACCUGUCCAAGUGGCCGAUACGCCCGCCAGUCGCGGCACCACGGAGCAGGUGGCCGGCCACGAGGUGCAGCCCCAGUUCGUGUCGGCUCACGUGUUCGUGGAGCCCGGCCUGACGGGUCAGCCGCCGGCCGCCUUUCCUCCGCCGCCGAGCAAGGAGCGCCCCCUGCUGCUGGAUGAGCAGCCAUUGCUGCUGCAGGACCUGCUGGACCAGGAACGGCAGGAGCAGCAGCAGCAGCGGCAGAUGCAGGCCAUGAUACGGCAGAGGUCGAGCGACUCCUUCUUCCCAAACAUCGAUUUUGACGCUAUUACGGACCCCAUAAUGAAGGCGAAGAUGGUGGCCCUGAACGGAAUCAAUAAAGUUAUGGUGCAGACCAACAUGGUCAUGCCGUCGAUGAUAAACAGGUUCCCAUUUGUGGGACAGCAGCCUGGAGGACAUGGGGGCGACAGAGCUGUGAUCCCCCCACAAGCUGUUGGACCGGAUGGCAAGUUGGCACCACAGAUGGCAAGACCCAAUCCUCCAAGUUUUGGCCCCGGCUUUGUGGACGAUGCCCAGAAGCACAAGUAUGAAGAAUGGCUGCAGGACACUCAGCAGCUGCUCCAGAUGCAGCAGAAGUUUCUGGAAGAGCAGAUUGGCGCGCACAGGAAGUCCAAAAAGGCCUUGUCGGCCAAACAGCGCACCGCCAGGAAAGCGGGCCGGGAAUUCCCCGAGGAGGACGCCGAGCAGCUGAAGCACGUCACCGAGCAGCAGAGCCUGGUGCAGAAGCAGCUCGAACAGAUCCGGAAGCAGCAGAAGGAGCACGGCGAGCUGAUCGAGGAGUAUCGGAUCAAGCAGCAGCAGCACUGUGGCAUGACGCCGUCGAUGAUGGGACCCCCGGGGCCGUCGAUCAGCAGGCCCUUUCCCUUCCAGCCGCAGCAGCACGCCCCCCCUCCCAGAAUGCCGGGAUGGCCGCCGGUCAGGAUGCAGUCUCAGAUGCCUCAGCCGGUCCCAGCCACCGGUGCUCUGCCCGUGCCCGCCAAUGGCGCCCCCCACGUCAAGUUCGACGACAACAACCCCUUCAGCGAAGGCUUCCAGGAGCGAGAGCGCAAAGAGCGGCUGCGGGAGCAGCAGGAGAGGCAGCGGGUCCAGCUUAUGCAAGAGGUGGAGCGCCAGAGGGUCCUGCAGCAGCAGCUCGAGCUCGGGGGGCCGCAGAUGACCAACCGGGCCUCCCUGUCCCACGUGCCCUUCUUCACGUCAGAGCUGCCCCAGGACUUCCUGCAACCCCAGAGGCCGCCGCCCGUGGGUCAGGUGUUUCCUCCGCAGCACGGCUUCAUUGGCGCGCCACGCUUCAUGCAGGUGGGCGAACGGCGGCCGUUUGCUCAAGAGGCGCACCCCACUGGGCCCACUUUUCAUCCCAUGAGCCACGCACUCCAGUGCCCUCCGAGGCCCCCGGCAUUCGGGCCGGCCGCAGAGCCCGCCACGCUCCUCCCGCCAAACUAUCCCGGAUCCGGCCAGUCCCUCAUCCAGCUCUACUCCAACAUCAUCCCCGAAGAGAAAGGGAAAAAGAAGAAGAAGAGGAGCCGCAAGAAGAAAAAGGAGGAGGAGGAAGAGGACGACGACGCCGAGUCCGUCCAGACCCCCUCCACCCCUCACUCGGACCCGGCAUCCACGCCCACCCGCACCCUGUUGCCUCACGGCCAGGGCGAACGGGAGCCGCAGCCGGCCACCACUGGUCAGCCUCCGUCUGAGCUCGAGCGCCAGCUGUCCAGCAGCGGAGCGCCCACCUCCCUACCCCUGCCAGGUGCUCGCCAGGCCGCGGUGACCUUGGAAACGGACGAGCCGUCUAAGGUGCUGCGCAGAGUCAAGCUGGAGAAGGUGGAGUGCCAGGUGUCCGAGGAGCCGAUGGAUGAGCCCCCCGUGGGCCCGGUGAAGAUGGAAGAAGCCAAAGACGGAGGGUCUUCACUGGAAAAGCCGGGUCUGGCGCUUGGUGCUGCCGCCGCCGCGGGGGCAAAGGUGGAGUCGGGGAACGAGCUGUUGAAGCACCUGCUGAAGAGCAAGAGCCUGGGCCAGCAUCAGCGGUCCGAGGAGAGCGGCCACUCGGGACGGCGCCGUGGUGAGUACUUCAUGUGCCGUUUCUGUGCACACCCGACACCCCCUAAUCAAGCUGGGGAAGAGGCGAUCGCGGGCACAUUUGGGGUGGACGCCCCUCGGCCGCCACCCACCGAGCAGGACAAGAAGAAGCCGCGCAGCAAGCGAGUGCCCCGGACGGGUGACAAGUGCGUGUCGCGCUCAAAGAAGAGGAAGAAGGACGAGGAGGAGCGCCAGGCACUGUGCCCCAGCACGGAUGCACUGAUGAGCCAGCUGAAGCAGCAACUUUCUCUGCUGCCACUAAUGGAGCCCAUCAUCAGCGUCAACUUGGCCCACUUCUCUCCCUACGGCAGCGGGCGGCUGAAUGGCGAGAGCCGCCUGACUGGCACCUUCGGCAGCGCGUCGCUGGACGGGGUCUCCGACUACUACUCUCAGCUGAUUUACAAGCAGAACAACCUGAGCAACCCCCCGACGCCUCCCGCCUCGCUGCCCCCCACACCACCUCCAGGGGUCCGGCAGAAACUGGUCAAUGGCUUUGCCUCCACUGAAGAACUGGACAGUAAAGUGACCGUGAUGUCUGGACGUGAUGUCAGCAGAUGCCUGGGAGCCAAACCACUUCAGAUGCCAUUUCGGCCCGAUGAGGACUUGCUGGCAAGAGCGAUGGCUCACGGCCCAAAGAUGGUGGACGUGCCCGCUUCUCUUCCAACUCCGCCCCACAAUAACCAGGAGGAGCUCAGAUGCCAUGAGGAGAAGGACUGCGAGGAGCCGGACCCCGUCGACAGCUUUGUGCCAUCCUCGUCGCCCGAGAGUGUGGUGGGGAUGGAAGUCAGCAGGUACCCCGACUUGUCUUUGGUGAAAGAAGAACCUCCGGACCCCGCAGCCUCCCCGGUUAUCCCAAUGCUGCCGAGCUCCUGUGGCAAAGGCUCUGAGGUCCGAAAUUGUGCUGUGAAGAUGGAGCCCCUUUAUGGCAGCCCCUUCACCUCCACACAGAGCUCCUCCAGGGACAGCUUGGUCUCCAUCGCCAUCACCCUGAACUCGGCGGCGGCAGAGAACAUCAGUGGCGUCGUGGCAGCGGUGGCCGAUUUCCUUCGAGUGAGCAUCCCUAACAGCUACGAAGUGAGCUGUGCCCCCGAGCGGGCAGACGGGCCGGCAUUGGGCAGCCUCAAGAUGCAGCAGCAGCACCACCAGGCCUACGGCGCCAGAGCCCCCUGUGCCGCGGGGCCCAACAAGUUUGCGUCGCGAGCCUGCGGCUUUCAUGUGCCAGGCUCGCUUCUGAACACGCGCCACUCCGUGAGAGGGCAUGGCGGCCCCAAGCCUCAGUGGUGCUGUCACUGCAAGGUGGUGGUCCUCGGGAAUGGGGUGCGCAAGGCCAUCAGGGACCUUCCCGGAAAACGAGAGGAGAAUUCGGAGGGCAGCCUGGUGUUCUGCAGCCACAACUGCAUGGUGCUGUUCUCGCGAGGGAGCCCCGACUUGAAGGAUGCCACGCAGGUGUCCCCCGUUUGUUCUUUCAGGGAGCCCCUGGGCAAGGCGCCACACCCCUACAGCAACCACACCUCGGCUCUGGACGUCCACUGCCUGCCGCAGCUUCAGACCAAGGAGUCUCCGCCUCCGACUCCGCCCAUCGCCUUCCCGCCCGCGUCCGAGGCCAAAGCCGACGAGCUGAAGGUGACGGUGAAGCUGAAGCCGCGACCGAGGACGGUGCCCCCGGGGCCGGACGAGGCCCGGCCCCUCGGCAAGAAGUGGAAGGGCGCGCGCUGGCGGAAGUGGAGUGUGCAGGUGGUCAUCCCCAAAGGCCACUUCAAGCUGCCCGGCGAGAGCGACGUCGACGAGCUGCUCAAGAGGCUGUGCACCCCGCUGCGGCCCGAGCCCCUGCCCCGGGACCACCGCAAAUGCUGCUUCUGCCACGAGGAGGGCGACGGCACCACCGACGGGCCCGCCCGGCUGCUCAACCUCGACCUGGACGUCUGGGUGCACCUCAACUGCGCCCUGUGGUCCACGGAGGUGUACGAGACGCAGGCGGGCGCGCUGAUGAACGUGGAGCUGGCCCUGCGGCGUGGCCUGGCUGUCAAGUGCGUCUUCUGUCACAAGACGGGCGCCACGGGCGGCUGCCACCGCCUGCGCUGCACCAACAUUUACCACUUCACGUGUGCCCUCAAGGCCCAGUGCAUGUUCUUCAAGGACAAGACCAUGCUGUGCCACAUGCACAAGCCGCGGGGGCUGCACGAGCAGGAGCUGCGCUACUUCGCCGUCUUCCGCCGGGUCUACGUGCAGCGCGACGAGGUGCGCCAGAUUGCCAGCAUCGUGCAGCGGGGCGCGGACCACACCUUCCGCGUGGGCAGCCUCAUCUUCCACUCGGUCGGCCAGCUGCUCCCCCAGCAGCUGCGGGCCUUCCACAGCGCCUGUGCCAUCUUCCCGGUGGGCUACGAGGCCAGCCGCAUCUACUGGAGCACCCGGCACAGCAAUCGCCGCUGCCGCUACCUCUGCUCCAUCGACGAGAAGGAGGGUCUGCCCGAGUUCAGCCUGCGGGUGGUGGAGCAGGGCUACGAGGACCUGCUGCUGACGGACACGACGCCCAAGGGCGUUUGGGACCAGGUCCUGCAGCGGGUGGCCGAGCUCCGGAGCCAGGUGGGCACGCUCAAGCUCUUCCCCGUCUACUUGAAAGGAGAGGACCUGUUUGGCCUGAGCGUGUCGGUGGUGACGAGGAUCAUUGAGUCGCUGCCAGGGGUGGAGGCCUGUGACAAGUACACGUUCCGCUACGGGCGCAACCCUCUGAUGGAGCUGCCCCUGGCCAUCAACCCCACGGGCUGCGCGCGCUCUGAGUCCCGGGCCCCGUCCCAUGUCAAGAGGUUCGUGUUAAGGCCUCACACGCUCAACAGCAGCGGCACCUCCAAGUCCUUUCAGAGCACCGUGACGGGCGAGCUCAACGCGCCGUACAGCAAGCAGUUCGUCCACUCCAAGUCCUCGCAGUACCGCAAGAUGAAGGCCGAGUGGAAGUCCAACGUCUAUCUGGCGCGCUCCCGCAUCCAGGGCCUGGGCCUGUACGCGGCGCGCGACAUUGAGAAGCACACCAUGGUCAUCGAGUACAUCGGGACCGUCAUUCGGAACGAGGUGGCCAACCGCAAGGAGAAGCUCUACGAGUCUCAGAAUCGCGGGGUCUACAUGUUCCGCAUCGACAACGCCCACGUCAUCGACGCCACGCUGACCGGAGGGCCGGCUAGGUACAUCAACCACUCGUGUGCCCCCAACUGCGUGGCUGAAGGGGUGACCUUUGAAAAAGGCCAAAAAAUUAUCAUCAGCUCCAACCGGCGGAUUCAGAAAGGAGAGGAGCUUUGUUACGACUACAAGUUUGACUUUGAAGAUGACCAGCACAAGAUCCCGUGUCACUGUGGAGCGGUCAACUGCCGCAAGUGGAUGAACUAGGGGGGCUCGCUCGUCGCCCCCUCCCGGUCCCGGGGCCCCACAUCCUAAGAGCACUUUUUGGUUUUUUUGUCGUUUUUUGGGUGUUUUUGUUUUGGUUUUUUUUUUGGGUGGCACUACAGGGGAGGAGACGGGAUGGCGUCGGGCGCUAAUUGAAUGUAGGAGAGAAAUCACCAGCGAACCGGGCAGACGGGGAGUGCUGGACACACAGCCUUACUCACGCGAUAAAGGGGCGGGCCCUCUUGAAUCAAAACUCAGAAGCGUAGACACCACUGAACGAGGAAUGUACCGUACGCACGCACGAACGCACGCACGAACGCACGACUUCCUUAGGAGUACAGCUAAGGGAACGCAACUUGCACUAAACUCUUUGAAAUACUUGAUUCCAUGAGUCAGUCCAAUGUAGAGUUUUCAUUUCUGUAUAUUAAGAGAGAAAUUUUUGUAUUUAUUAUCGGAGAGGUGAAUGAAGCUAUUUUUAAAAUGAAACCAGAAAGCCAAGCUGCUGCUGUGGCGGGCACAUUUAGCGAAGCAAGCGUCUUGUUACAUUUACGUGUACAAAGUGUAAAUAGCAGAGAAGCCGAUCGAUCAAUCGAUUGAUCGAUCAAUCGAUUGAUCGAUCAAUCGAUUGAUUGAUAUCCUUGACCAAAUGCUACCUUACUUACCUGGCCGGCCGCUUUGUGGCUCUUCUCUCGUUGCUUUCUUUCCUUUUCCUUUUCCUUUGUGAAGCGCGGAUUUUUGGGAGGUUUGCUGUGCCGAGUGGGACGGGCGGACGGAGAGACAACACGCUUGUAGUAUUUGGUAGACUGGGGCUUGUGACGCGCGUGUCACCUGCUCACUUGGACUUGGAGCGACUCUGGCGGCCGCCGCCGCCUCACUUUUCCUUCUUUGUUUUCUUCUUCUUCCCGUACGAUGAAUUACUGUGAAGCGACUUUCAGGCCGUGUGGACGGCGGCUCACACGUGUGCUUGGACUCUUGAUGUUUACACUUGCACUCGGCGGGCAGGCGGCCCCCCCGCUCUGGACAAGUCAGUCGUGUAAAUAAAGAUUUAUUGCUGCACACGUCCACACAAAACUCUUUCUUGGGUAUUUUUUUUUUUUUUUGGUCUCCUCUCGUAUGAAAUUCCAAACUCCUGCCAGUAUUUGUCCUACAGGGUUUCCGUUUUUCUCUUUCUUUCUUUCUUUCUUUCUUUCUGUCUGUCGUGUACAAUAGUCUCUGAUCUAAUGUUGACAACAAAUGAAGCCUUUUUUUGUUUUGUUUUUUUGUUUUUUCCUGAAGUAUCCAGAGUGUUAUGAAUUUUGGAAUUUGUGGAAACAGAUUUAGGAGCAUUUACAAAAAUAAAAUAUUUUACAAGUAA